AUGCCCGAUAAUAGUGACGGUGGUAGUCCAUCACAAGUACGUGCACCUAAAAGAUCACGUUCGCCAGAUCAUUCACCAAUUCUUGAACGAAAAUCUAAAGUUGCUAAAUUUGAACUACAACAAGACAAUGCUGGUCAGGAUAUCAGCAACAAAGAAAAUCACACGAAUCAUAAACAAUCUGAAAUGAUUAUGGUAAAACAUUCUUUAUCUACGUGUAAUAUUGAAGAAGAUGAUCAAGAUGAUGGAAUCAUCAUCGAUCAUCUUGAUUUAUCAUCUUUACCUUAUCCUUGGUAUCGUUCAAAUUCACUAUGGUCAAAUAUGAUGGCGAAAACAUUUGAUGAAACAUACAAAUGUCAUUCAAAUUUUCUUAAUGCACAUCCAGCAAUAACAAUUAAAAUGCGAAGUGUUCUAUGUGAUUGGAUAAUUGAAGUUUCUGAAGUUUAUCAUCUUCAUCGAGAAACAUAUCAUUUAGCUAUUGCUUAUAUUGAUCAGUAUUUAUGUAAUACAUCUAAUUUACCAAAAGCUAAACUUCAAUUACUUGGUAUAACCGCACUGUUUAUUGCUGCUAAAAUAGAAGAAAUCUAUCCACCACGUAUAUCUGAAUUUGCUUAUGUUACUGAUAAAGCUUAUUAUGAAGGCGAUAUACUUGAUAUGGAAUUAGAUAUAUUGAAUGCGUUGAAUUGGUAUAUAAAUCCAAUGACGUCAACUAGUUGGCUAUUAGCAUUUCUUCAAGUUGAAUCUGAAAUUGAAUUGAUGAAUAACAGUUUACAGUCAUCAAUAUCUUCAACUAAUGUUACGCCCUCACAUUAUGAUCGUUGUAUUAAAAAACGACGUUUAUCUUUAUUAAACACUCAAAAACCUUCAUCAUCAUCAUCAUCAGACAGUGAAUUUUUGAAAACUUCAAUGCUAACAAGUGUACAUCGAACACCGAUGUUCCUUCAGACAUUUUCAUUAGCUGUUCGAUUACUUGACUUUUGUUCACUGGAUAUUGAAUAUUCACAAUUUCCAAAGAAUGUAAUAGCUGCAACAGCUAUUCUUGCUUGCAAACCAAAUUGGCCUGUUGAACAGAUCACUUCUUUAAACGAUGAUGAUUUAUAUAUUUGUCAUGAAUGGAUGAAGCCAUUUUUCGAUGUACUUUAUUUUGGCCAAAGUCUAACGUCAAUGCCAGUUCCAGCAUCUCGGUCAUCACCUGCUAUACCGAUCGAUGAAAUUUAUUCAAUACAAAUACAUAAUAUCUCUUUGGAUCUGCUUGAAAAUGUUUAUAAAAAACGUCCGAAUUUUAUUCCACCAACAACAAACAAUCGUCCUUUUCGGAAUCUUGUCAAUCGUUUAUCAUGGCUGCCAACACCGCCAACAUCGCUAGAAAAGCAACACCAUGAAAUUAUUGUCAAUGAAGAAGAGCAACUUCAAAUAGCGGAAGUCGUAUCAGUAUAA